AUGUCUACCCGAGGACGGCCCAAUGGCAGCCGCCUCCGCCCAACGACCCCAACAGAUCCAUCCCUCGAAACUCGCCCUGUGCCACAGUAUCGCAACUUUUCUCCGCGAUCAUUUGGACAAGGUGCUAUAUCAAAUUUGCCAUUCCGGCACCUAGACGAGCUAGACGCGGUCUCCGAGUCAGCUGCAGAAACCCCAGAGUACACCGGAGCAUUCGAUAACACAGCGCGCCGUCUACUCGAAGAAGGACAAUUCUACGAGAAACUCUACACUGAAGAACAAGAAUGCCUAGGCUGUGACUAUACCUGGGGAUUCUGGGUUUUCGUCACCGACUAUUCUCCCGAAACCCUCGAGAAUAUCCCACGGGCAAUGGAAAACCUCGUCAAGACUGUCGAACGACACUUAAGAUCUGAAUAA